GGAAGAGGGGGAGGAAGAGGAAAACAAAUAAAACUGUUUUUUUUGUUUUUUUUGCAACCACAUGUUGCCGUGUGCUUGAUUGCAGCAGCUUCUCCGCCAACCUUUCCCUCUCUCUUUGCGCCGUGCGUCCAACCAGCAAUGUGGCCGCUGCAUCUGUAGCUUCUACCACCUGUGGCAGCACUCCUGUUCCCUCUACGCCACAGAGAGAGAGAGAACAAAAAAAGGGGUCGGAGAAGAGGAGGAUAUCUUUCAUGAUAAGUGGACUUGUGACAAGGAGAGAUCCUCGCUGCAAACCCAGCUGACACAAAUGAAAGAAUCCUAAAACCAGCACCAUGCCUGGACUCAUUAACAAGGAGAACCGGAGCGCCCUGCCCCUCAGUGUCUCUGACAUCACUUCCUGUGUCAGGGGUUACACUCUGGCCAUGUCAGCCUCCAUGACCUAUGAAAACAUUGAGGAUCAUGCAAUCGAGGGGAUGUUCAUUUAUCCACUGGAGGAGAAUUCCAUCGUUGUGGGGUUUGAGUCAAUGAUAUCCAGUCAGAUUAUAACUCUGCAAAUCAAAGACAAGGCAAAAAUUGACGACUGUUAUUUGGAUUGCUGCAACACAUCUAAUGGAGCCCUUCAGAGUGGCAGUGGCCACAUAGUGAUGGAUGAGGAUUUGGAGAGAACAGUGUUAGUGGUUAACCUCGGGAUGAUCCCGCCCAUGGAGACAGUCCAUGUGCUGGUUAGCACCUCCUCUGAGCUCUCCACCCUGCCCAAUGGAGGCAUCAAGGUGUCCUCCCCACCGGUGUGCACACCUCGAGUGCAGAGGACCAUCAAUGAGGAGCAGGGACUUUCUCCAAACUUCUCCAGAACGCGUGACAGGAACACCUGUGCCUCAAGUCCUCACGAUCAAACUCCCAACACGCCUCCUCAGCUGUGGCUUGCUUCACUGCUGGAGGAGGAGACCAUCAACUCCAUGGACUACGAGUUUAACUUCCAGCUGGAGAUACGGGCUCCCUAUCUCCUCGCAGGUGUGGAGAGUCCGUCUCACGCUAUCCGAGCCGAUGCGGAUCCUCUGGCCCGCUCUGCCACCAGCGUCGUGAUCACGCUCGCUGACAAGUACACUUACGACUGUCCUGUGGAAAUCCUCAUCUACCCGAGCGAACCUCAUCUGCCCCAUGUGCUCAUAGAGAACGGAGACAUGACGCAGGAGGAGUACGACGAGUUCCUUCACGGCCGGAGCGAUUUUAUCAAGGCCACCAAGAAGGACUCCAGCAACGAGAGGAAAGUGGAUAUCAUUCACAGGCGCCUCCACAAAGACAUCCUCCACAACCCCGUGGUCAUGUUAAACUUUUGUCCCGACCUCAAGUCCAUCAGCGCCGACCUGAGGAAGGUUCACGGCGAGUUCAUCUUCCUCAUUGACCGCAGCGGCAGCAUGAGCGGCGUGAACAUCAACCGUGUGAAGGAUGCCAUGGUGGUGAUUCUGAAGAGUCUUGUGCCCGGCUGUCUUUUUAACGUCAUAGGCUUCGGCUCAACUUUCAAAUCACUUUUCACAACCAGCCAGAACUAUGAGGAGGAAGCGCUGGCCCUGGCUUGUGAGUAUGUCAGGAAGAUCAGAGCUGACAUGGGGGGCACCAACAUCCUGGCUCCGCUCAACUGGAUCCUGAGGCAGCCGAUGUUCAGCGGACACCCACGCCUCCUCUUCCUGCUCACUGACGGUGCCGUCAGCAACACGGGCAGAGUUAUCGAGCUGGUUCGCAGCCAUGCACGCCACAUCAGAUGUUUCACGUUCGGCAUAGGACUGAAUGCUUGCAGGCGGCUGGUGCAGGGACUGGCGACGGUUUCCAAAGGAACAGCGGAGUUCCUGGCUGAGGGAGAGAGGCUGCAGCCCAAGAUGAUAAAGUCCUUGAAGAAAACCAUGUCUCCAGUUCUCAGCGACAUUUCCAUCGAAUGGCUCUUUCCUGAGACCAAAGAGGUGCUGCUGUCCCCGGUGGGCAACACCUUCCUGUUUCCAGGGGACAGUCUCAUCGGCUACGGCGUUGUCUGUGACACCACCCGCUACCAUGCUAACCCCAAAUCUGAUAAGCGGAGGCGAUACAGCAUGAUGCGCUCCGUUGAGUCGGCCAGCUCUGUGUUUUACCACUCUCAAGAGGAGGAGCCUGUGAAGACAGGUGUGGACAGCCAGGGGUUCUACAGAGACGCUCCCUCUGGUCCUCUUUAUGACUCCUACCAGGACUCUGUGACUGACAGCAGCCCUGCCGCCACAGAGCAAGACGCAGUGGGGUUCGACUGUAAGACAUCUCCGAGAAGACGCGCGUACAGCACCAACCAGAUCAUGGACUACAACCCGGCGAAGCGGGUCUUCACUCCCAGCGAUCCCAGCGCUGUGGUGCCAAAGAACCCACUGAGGAGAGCCAAAGUCCAGGAGCUGAUCGGGCAGAUGAGCUCUGAGCACGAGGCGCAGUGGAGGAACGACUUCCAGCCACAGCUGGCCAGCCUGUGCGCUACAUCCUCCAGCGGGCGUCCGGCCAGCUGUCACAGGACGCUCCCUCCGCCGGAAGCCGACUCAGAGCUUCAUUUCCAACCACAGCCUCAGGACAACGCCCUGCCCAGGGACGUCAGCGCGCCGCCUACAGCGAGAAACACCGCCGGGGAAGACGGAUCCAGAUCAUCCAGUGACAGCCCAUCUGUUGGCAGCAGCGGAGAUGCUGAUGGUUAUGGACACCAGUUAUGUCAGGCAGAAACUCCACAGGAGACCCACAAGUCAGACCUGGGCGCAGCCAACCAGCACAAAGGUUACUGCAAGGCCGUGGUAUCGGGACUGCUGUGUGGGAAACCAGCAAAGUGGGAGGUCGCCUUUGAUAUCGAGCCCUUCCUGAACGGCCGGGAACGCGAGGAAAAGGUUCACGAGGAGCUUUGGAACGAGACCUUCCACCAUCUGGCUGGACGAUCCAUCAUACAGGACUUUGAGCAUAUGGCGGAUAAGGAGUGUGAGAUCGAGCACGGCUCUGGCAGGAAGUACCAGCUGUACGCCAUUCACACCAGCAAGUCCUGCAAUAUACUGAGCAAAUACACGGCGCUUAUUCCCAUCGACCUUGACACUAAUGAGUAUUUGCAGACAUGUAUUGAGUACAUAAAUCCCAGUGAGCAUCUGAAGAGGGGCUCACACUCCAGCUCUCGCUCGGGGAGCAGGAAGAACAGAGGAUACUCCAUCGGACUGGGUCGCUCUCAGUCGGGCGGCAUGUCUGAGGAGGUUCAGGAUGCUCUCCUGACCAACAACGGAGAGGAUGUUGCGUCUCCAUGCAGCACCCCGCCCUCCUCCAGCUGGGAGAGAUGCAGCUUGAUGGAUUUCUCUCAAAGGAGUCCGUCUGUGUCCUCUGACCAAUCUCAGAAAACAGUGGAGAGCCUUUUUUCUGCCAGGUUGGCCCUCAGCAGGACUCGUCUCCUGACCCGGGCUGCCAAAGGAUUCAUGUGCCGAUCUCACAGCAAGUCCGGCGAUUCAAUCGGAGAGAGUGACAACGAGAACAAAGACUACAUUCCUCUGGUGUUGUUGCAGUUGGCUAGUGGUGCGUUCCCCUUGGACACAGCUCUGUGUGACGCCAUCAAUGUCCCCAUGGACAAGCUGAAGUGGACGUCACCUUUCAACAGCCACCGCACCAGCCUGGGCCACCUGUCUCACUCCAGCAGCCGCCGCACUGAGAGCGCCGAUGGCGGACACAGAUCGCUGUGUGAGCCAGAAACAAACCAGCCGUCCGCAGAGCACACUGUGGGCAUCCAGAGCCCAUCUCACCUGUCCAGGAGCAGCUGGAUGAAUGCUGCCUCUUCCUUAUUAGGCAGUCCAUCCACCACCGCAGAGCCCCAGCUGUCUCCGCUCUCCCAGGGGGACAGUGGACGCGGCUCAGGGUCCGGGGGAUUGGAGGCAGCAUCACCCAGCAGCAGCCCAAAGAGCGUACAGGAUCCAGAGAGCAUGGUUUGGGCAACAGCGGUGGCGCUUGCCUGGUUGGAGCACAGCUCUGCUAGUUAUUUCAUUGAGUGGGAAAUGGUGGCUGCCAAGGCUAGCAUGUGGUUGAAUGCACAAGAAAUCCCAGAAGGCAAAGACUUGGCCUCCAUUAAGUCUGCCGCCAACCAACUCUUCAUCAUCCUCAGACACUGGGAUGAAAACCUGCAGCUGAACAUGCUCUGUUAUAACCCAAACAGUGUCUGAGGCCUGCUAGUGCAAGACUAAAAAUACAGACCAGUGAAAGAACUCCAUUCAAUAUGAUACUAUGCUAACCGAGGCUGUACUAUUCUCUGUUCAGCAGUUUGUUUGUUUUUGAGUCGGAUUUUGCCGCUGCAGUGGUGAAAAAUGUGUGUUUUGUUCUGUAUGUGUUCAGAGCCUCAAAACAUAUCACAGGCUCUUCAGAGGCAUUCUGUGCAAGCUAUUACCUCGCCGGUGCCAUAAACUGUAGCUGGAUCCGUGUUAGCAAAGGAUCUAAUCUGAGUUAUGCCACAGAUUUGAGUGUCAUGGAGAAGAAUGUGAGUGUAAAAUGAGUAGCAUGCUGGAUCACUAAAGUUCAACUCAAGAGAAAAUGUCUUAUUGCCAUCAUAUUGAUGUUAUGGGGAGAAUUCUAUAAAACUAUUGUCAGAGAAAGCUUGUUGACACAUACUGUUUUAAUAUCAUUCAUGAUGUUCUGAAGGAUUUUAAUUGUAGAAAAAAUGUCCCAUGAGAACCUCAUGUUACUUGCUAGCAGUACUGCCUAUCUUCUGCAAUGCGCGCUCCCAUUACUGUUAGUCAUAUGUGCAAUUUCUGCAGACAAAAAAAAUAUGCAAGAAGCUAACGAAAAAAUACUUUUAAGAUUUGGAUUUUAAAAAAUAUCUGGCUUUGAUGUGAAAAUACGACUGUGUAUCCCACUAGCAUGUCAUUUACUGCUUAUUAUUUAAUAUGUACAAUUUUUUUUUUUGCACUUAUUAAGCUGUCGAAGAAACUUUGAUCAUGUAUUUGUUGUUUUUGAUUCAGACAAUUACAGAGCCAAAGGUUGGUUACACACCAUCUGUUAGGAAGUUUAAAAUGAACCUGUUUUAGGUUCAAUCGAAUGCCAUGUAAGUGGAUAUUUACGCCUCACUUAUCAAAAAUGGGUUCUACCAUAAAAGCCGGUUGUCAUGUAGCUAAUAGUUUUAAGAAAAUCUUUUUUUUACAUUCUGUUACUGCCAGGGUUUAGAUUAGCGUAGCUAACUAAAAGCUAAGCUGACAAAGCUAAAGCUAAUAUUGUGCUUAAACCAAGCAGCAACCUCUGGUGUUGAAAAAUAAAGCCCUGCCCAAGUGCGAAACCCUGCAGUUUGUCAAGUAUCUGCUUGAGGUAGGCUUCAGAGGCACCGGAAGUCACAUACUGUACACACCCAUUUAAAAAAUACAGUUUUUACAGCAGAAAUUAACAUUUAUACAGCCUGGUUCAAAAAACAAAAAAUAGGUCUGAUUAGGCACACACGGGUGGUGGAUUUUUUGAAAACUCAUCCGUUUUGAUUUCAUAAACGUUAAGAGUUAUUCUCAAUAUGGGUGUAGCUGUUGGCUUUUAUGCUAAAAUUGAUUCACAAAAUUCACAAAAUCACAGAUAAAAAAGGUCUUGUUUGUUCGAUUGUACUAGCAGUACUCACAGCUUUACCACAAGUGCCUAACCAAAUUAUAAAGUUGUCAGAAAAUACAGCCGUGUUCAGUGAAGUUUAAAUAGUGCGGAUAAAGAUUGCUUCCUUUUUUUUAUUUUUUUUUAAACACCACAGGUACUUUCUUUCUUGAAAUUUGACUGACUGGAUUUUUUUUAUUCCAUUGCAGUGUUGCUUUACUCAGGUAUUGAUUUUUUUUUUCACUCAGUCUGAGUCUCAUAGAUCUAUCUGCAUGAACACAGGUGUUUAUGUUGUUUGUUUACUGACUGAAAUGUCACAUUGAAGCUAGUAGCGCAGUACAGUAUUUUGCUCUCUGAAAUGAGAGUACAGUAGAUGUCAUAUAGUAUAUUUUUUGUGCUGUAAUUGCAGUAGUAUAAGUGCCGCUGUAAUUGUACUUUUUUAUGUGCUAGUUCGGUUGUAUAGUACAGUAUCUUUCCACUUGCUGUGUGUGCCUUUAAAAAAUGAUUGUUGACUGUUUGACGCUGUUGAAAACUUCUGUAGUGUCUUUAUAACUGUUAAUGAUAUGAUCUGCUCUGCAGAUGCAUGUAAUAAAAUAACUCAA